AUGGCUUUCUUCUCCGGGCUCUCAAGCUCUAUCGGCCGGCGGCUGCUCCUCUAUGGGCUACGCCAUAUCGAUAUAUUUGACAAGGACCCUGCCGACUUCGUGAGCGUCGACGUAGGAAAACGGACUACACUCGAGGUUCGGGACGUCGGGUUGCACAUCAAGAAACUGGUAACACUAUUACACCUCAAACUCCCUCCCGAAAUCCAUCUGUCGAAAGCGCGAGCCUCCCUACUCCGUGUUACCUUCGUCCUCGACUUCGGCGUUCCCCAGAUAUCGAUAGAGGUAGACGGCAUACAAAUCCAAGCCAGGCUAAUAGAGACUACCGAGGAUACAUUGUCAUCUCAUCCCAAUCAGCAACACACCCGGUCACCGUCUUCGCCACCUCCAAGGUCAGUUUCGGCUUCCGUUACCCGCAGCAACCAGAGCGACAAUGGCUCUGACGACGACGACGAGCAUGUGCCGACAGUGGACGAGUUGGCCAAGUCAUUCAUAAAAACGGAGCCUGUUGAGGAGAUUCGCGAGCUGCAGCAGGAGCUAGAGUCUCAGUCAGAGUACAUGCAAGAAUCCGUCGCAUCGAGUGACGAUGGUGACGAAGCUUCUGCAGGCAUCGGGGCUCCUCUGGCGCUUCCGGCAUACCUGCGCAAUAUUCUGAACACCGCACUAGAUCGCCUGAGUAUAACCGUUAAUGAUAUUGACAUGGAAGUGGAGGAUCACUUGUUGAGAGACGCCGUGGAUCCGUUAAAGCUAGAUCAGAGCUCGCCUGUAUCUCUCAACUUCCACGUCGAGCGUAUAGCAAUAGAUUCGAUAACUUCCAAAGAUGUACGCGUCGAAGUUGGGUCCGCAACAUCAUCUCCCGAUACUACGAAGCUAGGUAAGCGGAGAAUGCGCGUAGACAACAUUUGCGGGCGCUUGGUAUUUGAUGUCGAAAACUUCGCAUCUGUAUCGAGAUUUUCGCAGCCAUCGUCUCCGAUCACAACUCGAUCCCAAGUGUCAAUUAGCGAAGCCACCACCAGCGAACCUGCAUCGAGCCGCAUUCAAGGCCAGUCUGUGCAGUCUAGCCAGUCCAUGCAGUCUGACCGGUCCAUGCAAGAGGAAGGAAUUAGCCCCGUGCAGUUGCCGGUAGACGAAGAGGCGCAUUCUAGCCCGAGAGCCUCGCCAACACAGGUCCACAAUGUAUACUCUAGUGAAGGGAUUGUGUCGCCAGACCGUUCCAGAACCCCCGAGCUGGCGAUGCUGGAAUCCUCGGUACAUACUGUAGACGACGAUCGUUUUGCAGACGCUAGUUCCGAUGACGGCCUAGAAGUACCUUCCGUGGGGAGUCUGCCCGAUCAAACCCAUCGACUUUCACACGUGCGUGGUCUGAAUGGAAGCAGUAUACUAUACGACGACGACGGCUUGCUUGAUUACGCCAUGCAGAAUAAUAUGCUCGACUCUCACUUCGAUGACACACCAGCAGUUGAACAAUCGUCAGAAAUGGAGGCUUGGCAGGUAGAUGGCGCCAGCUCAAGUCGGCACACUUAUGUCUCAGAAGCCGCUAGCGAGGCCUCGAUAUCCAGUUUACCCACUGUGUCUGCUCUGGGCCGCUCUUUCCAUGCUCCAAGUGCGACCGACUCAUCAUCUGGAUCGAGGUAUGCCCAAGCAACCUACUCCUCCACUGACAAUCUAGCGGCAGCACAUGAGCACAUAACUCAGGAGACAGAAGAUUCUCCCGAGAGUACACAUCAGCAGUUCGAAUCAUCACCAUCGCCAGAACAAGAUUUGGCCGAGUCCAAAUUCUUCACGCACGAUGAGGCUGAGAGCAUGUACAUGAGCGCCGUGAGCGCGACUCCAGCCGAGAGCUCGCACUCCGGGCAUGUUCCUGGAGGCUGGGACUCAUCAUCGGCUUCCAGUAAGGAUUCCAAUUCACAGAGGUCGGCAUCCAUACCACAGGGUAUGACCUACCAUAGCAUACUAGCGCCUCUACCAGAAACAGACGAAGGUUGCGAGACUCCUCGCCCGGGAAGUCGCCAGAGUUCGAUCUCACCGCCAAGCUCCGAGCCUGCAAAAUCCCCUCUGCCCGACGUUCCAGCUCUUCGAAAGCAAGCGAAACGAUUUCUUACCAUCGAUGAGAUAACUGUUUGGUUCCCUCUGGCCCUUGAUGACAAAGAGCGCAGUGACGCUACAAGUGUGGAUGCUACACCAACAGCAGGUUUCGACUUCAAGCCAUCACACCUGGGUGAAGAUUCCAUCUUUGCCGAGAUGCCUGGGUCUUUUUCCAACUAUGCGUAUGCUUCUUCGCAUCGACAAAAGCCCUCGUUAGAAGCAUCAUCCCGUGGACGGCCCACUCCGGAAGCAUUACAUGCCUCCCGUCCACCAGUACAGCCGAAGCUGGCAAGUACACCUUCAAUUGUUAUCGAUCUUGGCAAUGUAGUGGGACACAUAGAUCUUUCGACUGGUCGCACCAUGGCUGGCAUGUUUGCUCGGGUAAUGCAAGCUCUAAAUGGUGCGCCGCCUUCGGAGGAGAAGGUGGUAGACCCCGAAUCGACAGCAGCUGAGAAGGAUUCUGCUAGGAGUCUUGGAAUCACUAUUCAGCACGUUGCUCUAUCGUGGUUAGAGAACAUCUUGACCGAGUCUUUCCAGGAAGGGCGAGUUGCGAAUCAGCAGCUCGAUCUCAAACCGAUGGAUGCAAUUCUGAGAAUCAAUCUCUCCACGAUACACCUCAAUAGUCAGAGCAGCAGUCAUACUUCGCGAUCGCAAGUCCGGAUUGGUCAAUUUGUCCUCGCGUCCUUGGACAAAGAUAUCAUCUAUUUCCACAGCUCGCGACCGAGAUCCAAACGCUCAGCCAAUAGUUUGCCGGAACAGCCCAGUCACGACAUAGAAGUUGACUAUGAGCAAGGGAAAGACAAUCGCAUCACCAUCGUUACACGUCCAUUGAAGGUCAUGUUCGAUAUCCAGAAGUUGGAUGAGGCACUCGGCUCUUUCGGAGGCUUCAGUGGCAUGCUUGAAUUGAGUAACUCUAUCAACUCGACUAGCACAAUUCAGAGUCCUGUCUUGUCUCCAGCACGUUCUCGGCCUCGCGGCGUUCACUUCGGUGACGGUUUACCUCCACCCGCAAAAUUACCGCCACCAUCCGCAAAGCCUCCUAAGAUCCAAGUCCAGUUCGGCGAAGUCUCCUUCACGCUUAAGGGAAAGACUUGUUCUAUGCAGCUGCAGACGACAUCUGUGCGCAUUGCUGUACGGCAAAGCAACGUGCGCCUCAAAGUCUCCGAGAUCCAGCUCUCUGGUCCCUAUACAGAGCCUGUUCAAAAAACCGCACCUUUGGUUGCAGAGUUGAAGGGCACUACGAUAAAUUUUCUAUUUGCACCCGAAGAGACCGAUCUAGCGAGACUCAUCUCCUUGAUUACGCCAUCAAAGGAUCCUUAUGAAAAUAACGAUGACAUCCUAAUCGAAACGUUACUACGCCAACGGAGAAAGGGUUCAGUGAUCCGAGCUGAGAUUACCGAAGUUGGAGUUCGGAUCUCGGAUAUUCAGCACAUGAAGACUCUAGAAAAUCUUGGUGCAGAGCUAGUGCGAUUGUCAAAGGUUACAAAAUAUUUGCCAGACGACGAUCGACCUGGCCUCCUCAGCCUUGUAUCAGUGAAGCAGUUGGAUGCCCGGGUAUUGGUAAACGAGAAGCUAGGGAAUAUUUCGGUCGUCCUGCGAGAAGCUGCACUCGCACACGUCGGUGUUCCGGCUUUACUGGCUGUUGAAGUUGGCAAGGUAACUGUUUGUCGAGACGACGAAGUAUUGAUCCAUGAAGUUGUAAAGCUCCGCCAAUCAGAACAGUUACCCGUUCUCAUGCUGAGAAUGGUGGGUGAUGAGAUGGAGCCCAUGGCGAAAUUAAAAUUCUUCAACCUCUGCGUUGAGUACCGAGUUAGCACUGUUAUGGCAGCUUUGGGAAUAUCCGAGGAUGGCACAGUCGACGAGAUUGCUCAGGGCCUAGCAUCGAGCGUCGCAACCAUCACAGGUGCAUCCUCGCCCAAAACUCUCAGUCGAAAAUCUUCUCAAGCGAUUUCGCCAACAACAGCCACUCCUCAGCCGCUGCAGAUCGACCUGCUAUUGAGGAAUUGUGCGAUCGGCCUAAAUCCUCGAAAGUCGAAAUCUAAAGGUCUAUUCAUACUUACAGAAGCACACGUUGCGGGCAAACAAGCAAAAGACGACUACUCCAUUACGGUAGACCUCCGGAAAGCUUCGAUGCACGCUAUAGACGACACAGCGCGUCUGGAAGAGGAGCACGAACCUGCUUCACCAUUUCCCCCUUCAAAUGGCCAUCUCCAAGCGCUCAAUAAACUAGGCUACGUCUCUUUAAGCUCAAUUUCGGCCGCUAAAGUGUACGUCAACAUUGGAGGCGAUGGCAAAGAAAAGCCACAGUUGGUGGAUGUCGAGUUCAAGAAUGAGUUAUUUGUUAUUGAAUCAUGCGCAGAUUCUACACAGACGCUCAUCACAAUUCUGAAUGGCCUGCAGCCACCAACAGCACCUUCCACUGCAGAGCAAUAUCGGACAGUAGUACCUCUGCAACAGAUGAUGGAGUCGUUCACUGGCGACGAAUUGGUUCAAGACGAAGAACUUGGAGCUGUCGACUUCAUGAGUAAUGCUGAUCUAGUCGAGGACGAUGUGCCAACGAAUCUUGAGUUUGUCGGAAGCAUCUACAACUCGCAGUCCUUACCUACGCAUGAGGAAAUGGGUGACAGCUUACUUGGCGAAGACGAUCUUAGCGCUUUAGCUACGCCACCCAUGACCCGUCAACGUGGCGAUCGAGCUCUUCUAGAAAGCUUCCAGGAAAAGUACGAGAUCACCCAAGGCGAAGAAGACUUCGAUUUCAGCGACGAAUACUUUGGAGAGUCAAAGGUAGAACCAAAGGGUAAAGCCCGUAAAUGGGACUCUGCCAAGAACCAAUAUCACCUUUCAAAUGAGUUUAAGACCCCAGACGCACCGCUGAAAGUGCGAGUGCGCGACGUCAACGUCAUCUGGAAUCUGUACGAUGGCUACGAUUGGCCUCGAACACGAAGCGUCAUCACCCAAGCCGUGGAUGAUGUAGAGGCUCGCGCAGAGGAGCGGCGUCGCAAAGCAAAAGAAGAGGAUGAUGACGAUGACUUCAUCGAAGAAGACUUCCUCUUCAACUCUGUUUGGAUUGGUGUGCCUGUCAAGGAGGAGAAGGGAGCUCUUGCUCGGCGUAUUAACCACGAUAUCGACGAUCUUGCCAGCGAAUCGGGCAGCUACGCAACUUCGACGGCAACGCGCUCCACAGGAGCUACUGUGCGGCCCCGUAGCACAACUAAGUCCAAGCGUCGUCUCAAGCUCCAGCGCAGCAAACACAAAAAGAUUGCAAUCUCACUCAAGGGCGUCGCCGUCGACCUCGUCGUCUUUCCGUCUGACACGGGUGAGACGAUCAAUUCCAUCAACGUACGCGUGCAAGACCUGGAGGUUUUCGACCACGUUCCCAGUUCUUCAUGGAAGAAAUUUGUCACAUGCGCCAUCGAUCCAGAUACGAGAGAACUCAUUCGACCGAUGAUUAAUCUCGAACUCGUCACAGUCAAGCCAGUCACCGAUCUGGCUGCAUCUGAACUUGUCAUCAAGGUAACCGUACUUCCACUCCGCUUGCAUGUCGAUCAAGACGCGUUAGACUUCAUUACACGUUUCUUCGAGUUCAAAGAUGAUUCCACGCCAGCUAGCACCCCUGCUGUCGACGAACCCUUCAUUCAGCGGUUAGAGGUGAUGGCGGUCAACAUGAAGCUGGACUACAAGCCCAAGCGUGUGGACUAUCGCAGUCUUCGGUCCGGUCACACAACCGAGUUCAAAAACUUCCUGAUACUAGACGGUUCGGAUAUCAUCUUGCGCCAUGCUAUCGUGUAUGGAAUCACGUCAUUUGACAAGCUUCACAAGACUCUUAACGAUGUCUGGAUGCCGGAUGUUAUGGACAACCAGUUACCGGGCGUACUGUCGGGCUUGGCAGCUGUGCGACCCCUCGUGAACGUCGGUUCCGGCCUCAAAGACCUCGUUGUUGUGCCAAUGCGUGAGUACAAGAAAGACGGUCGGAUCGUGCGAAGUCUACAGAAGGGCGUGUACGCAUUCGCCAAAAAUACCACAUCGGAGGUAGCGCGUCUAGGUGCGAAAGUAGCAAUCGGUACUCAGAACCUGCUCGAGGGCGCUGAGGUAUUCCUGAAUCCACAGACUGCCUCGCCAAGUGGCCACCAAUCUCUCGACUGGGAUGGUGAAGAUCCCAAUUCUGAUACCGAAGAGCCACGUGCCGUGUCAAAUUACGCUAAUCAGCCAAUUGGCGUGCGCGCUGGUCUCCGUAGUGCAGCUCGACACCUUGAGCGUGACUUGCUUACUGCUCGAGACGCGGUAAUAGCGAUACCUGCAGAGGUUAUGGAAGAGGGUAGCGGAACGGGUGUUGCAAGGGCGCUUGCUCGACAUGCACCAACUGUUAUACUACGGCCUGCGCUGGGUGCUACAAAAGCGCUAAGUAAUGCCUUGCUAGGUGUUGGUAACGCACUUGAUGCUGGAUCAAGGCGUAAGAUUGAAGAUAAAUACAAAUCUUACUAG